AUGCAAGCCCACUGCAACUGCAACACUUCAGAGAACCUAACCUCGCAGGCAGGGUCCCCGCAGGGACUCCCGAAGCAUGGUGAGACAGGUGCAUCUGCGCGAUGGCGUCGACUAGAGACGGCGCUAGACGAUCUUCUACCCUUGGCACGCUUUGGCUGCCGUGUGUGUGGUGUGCACGGCACGAGCUUGUUCCGUUUUAGUGCACCUGGAGAGAUAGUAAACGGUGGUUGGCUCGAGAUAAGAAACGACUCGACUUUGGAGACGCUGAUUGGUCGCCUCUCUCAAUUUUAUGUUGUCCAUCUUUUGACUGUGAAUCUGUGA